AUGGCGCAGAUCCCCACGCCUCCUGCGUCGCGGCCGGGCUCAGAAACCCCAGACGCCGAGCUCAAGGAAGCUCCGGUCGCCGACUCCUCCGCGGACCUGCUGCAAUCGCUCGACACGCUGUUGGAAAAGUAUCUCGACCUGCUCGAUCGGCACCAGAAAUCGCAGGAAGAAUUGGCCCGCCGUAUCUCCUCGGGGUUUUUCUCGCUCGCGCAGGCCAAUUACACCUGUCCGCCGGGUCGAAGAUAUGGCACCGAUUACUAUGAUGAGCGGAUGAAAGCUACCCGAAGAGUGGCUUUGCAACCUCCUCCAGAUUCCCAAAGUCAAGAACAGACGACCGAAGUAGAAGAUUCGACUGGAAAUCCCGAAACGAAGGCCAUUUUUGCGAUCGAACCAGUCGCCAACGAGAACUCCGAGGCACUCUCCGAGACGAAGGAAAGUGAAUCUUCCAAAUCGGAUGACAGUCCGAAAGAAGCACCCGACGCGAACGCCGAGGAUACAGAGCCCACAGAAUCGACUGAAGACACCGAUGCAGACUCGACAUCUGCCCCGAAGCCUGAACCCGUGAAGAAAAAGCCUUGCUCAUCGGAUCCCAUCCGGUGGUUUGGCGUCCUCGUCUCGCCUCAUCUCCGCAAUGCCCAGAAAUCAUUCAGCGACGUGAUAGACGGCCCUGUGCCGCAACUGGCAAGCACAGCUUUCGAGAUGCGAGCGCUGGAAAGCGAAAUCAGCCGCGUGAGAAGCCAAAUAGGGCAAGCAUGA